CGGAAGUGGACGAUGUAAGCGGUGAUGACAGCGCGGUUAUUUGCCCUAUCACAUACUUUCCUCUUCGCCUCACGGCCACUGAACAGCUCAGGAUUUUGGCAGCGAACUGAGACAGGCCAUGGCCAGUGUUCAUGGUGACUCUUAGGUCAGGGUUUGAGGUGUGCUGGCGCUGUGUAGGAACACCGCUGCGGGGAGGAUGCUCCGGUGGUUUGUUGUCCUGGUUGUUGCCGGCUUGGUGCUGGCGUGUUUUACUUCCUGGGUGUUGGACUUCUAUGACACCACCUGGCACUCUAAGCGGAGUUUAGUGAAGUCAGGCGGCGAGCACGUCAAGAAGAAAAGCGAGGCACCUGCACCAGGAGCACAGCUGGACAACAUCUUCUGGUUUGUGCAGAUAUCAGACAUUCACAUAAGUCGCUUCCGUGAUCCGAGACGCGUACCUGACUUCGAAAGGUUCUGUACAGACACUAUUGAGGUCAUUAAACCAGCACUUGUUCUUGCCACAGGGGAUUUAACAGAUGCAAAGACAGAAAAUAAAGUUGGCUCUCUUCAACAUGAGGUGGAGUGGCAGGCCUAUCACAAUGUCUUAAAAAGGUCUCAAGUGCUGGAACGCACAAAAUGGAUAGACAUUCGUGGAAACCAUGAUGCCUUCAAUAUUAUAUCUCUGGAUAGCGUAAACAAUUAUUACAGAAAGUAUUCUGCCAACCAGAAGCUUGGUUCCUUCCACUACAUACACAGCACUCCCUUUGGGAACUAUUCAUUUAUCUGUGCUGAUGCCACCCUCACUCCUGGGCCGAAGCGUCCAUACAAUUUCAUUGGAAUACUUAAUCAGAGACAAACUGACAUGCUAGCCACCUUUAGACAGGAAAGUCAGAGCAGCAAUCAGACCAUCUGGUUUGGACACUACACUACCUCCACUGUCAUCUCGCCUUCGCCAGGGGUCAGAGCCCUGAUGAGCAAUGCAGUGGCGUACCUGUGCGGGCACUUACACACGCUGGGGGGUCUGAUGCCCAUCCUCCACAGCAGACACUCAACAGGUACACUGGAGCUGGAGCUGGGAGACUGGAUGGACAACCGCAAAUACAGGAUUCUGGCCUUUGACCACGACCUCUUGAGUUUCUCCGACCAGACAUUUGAGGCCUGGCCUGCAGUAAUCAUCACCAACCCCAAAGAUGCUCAGUACCUGCAUCCAGGAGUGGAGCCUCUGGGACGCAUCUACAGCUCCACACACAUCAGGAUCCUGGUGUUUUCAGCAGCUCCAGUUACAGCAGUGUAUGUGAGUGUGGAUGGAGAGGUUCUGGGGAAAGCGGAGUCUGUAGGGGGACCUUUGUAUGUGCUGCACUGGAACCCCCAAGUCUAUUCCACUGGCCUGCACACCAUCAUAGUCAAAGCAGAGAAUUCGGCAGGUCAGAUCAAGGUUCAAGAGCAACUGUUUACCAUGCAGGAGGAUCUCAUACCAAGCUUUGGCUUUCUACAGUCUUUCAUUCUCCUCACUGACCACUACAUCUUGGCACGGAUCGGUUUUUUGGCGGUUGUGUUGCUGAAUGUGGGCGUCCUUGUUGCCUUCAGAUUCUCGCACAUACCUGCUUGCCGAGGGCUGCUCUUUCAGGCAUGUAUGUCCUUACAGCUUGUCAGCAGGAUCAAUACUUUCUACUACACCUUGCUGCUGUUUAAUCUGUGUACAGCAUUAGGCCCAUGGUUCAUUGGGGAGGUUAUUGAUGGACACAGUGGAGCUUGCUUUGCUUUCGGGGUGUUUGUGGAUGGGCAUUUUCUUGAGGGCAGUCUGACUUAUGCUGUAGGUGUGAUACAGUUGAUCUUCUUCAACAUGCCUCUCACAUGCUACCUCUGCUGGAGUCUGCAACAGCGCUGCAGCGGCUGCUCUUUCCGCUCUCACUUCUGCAGGCUGGGAUUCCGCUGGAAGACUCUGGCUGUACAUGUGGUCAUGAUGAUUCUCUUCAUCUGGCAGGCAUACUCUUGCUACUUCCUGCUUGAGACCUACGGCUCAUUGGCUUUCUUCUUGUCUCCGGUGCGUACCUGGGCACUGCUGAUGGGUCUGCUGCUCAUCUGGAAGGUCUGGAGAGAACCAGUUCCACAUCUGAGCAAUUCUCAACUAUGAUGGCAAAACUUUGAGAAACGGUUUUAAACAUUUACUGUUUGACACAUUUGUGUGCCAAAUUCGUCCCCCUCUCUCUCACUAUAUAUGGAUUUGUUUAGACCAUAACAGGGGAGGUGGGAAGAAGCUAUACUACUUAUUUAAGGGCAUGUUGGGCUGUUUACUUUUACACUGAUCUUGGUCUUUUUUUUUUUUCUUCUUUUUUUCAGUAGGUUGCACUCAAGUAUUCCAGCAAAUCCAACACUAAAAGUUGUGAGUUGCUUUAGCUAUGCUCAACUGCCAGACAGAAAAAAAAAUUAUCAAGUAGAUAAAAUACAGA